GCUGGUGAAAAGCAGCUCCUAAAGUGGUUGACUACAGAGACGCCACAUUCGCCUUGGAGAAAAAAAAGGGGGAGAGUCGAGCAAGGCACAGCCCAAUCAAAGGUCUCUGGCGACACGCAACAAUAGCCAGAUGAGGGCCACUGGAGGCCACUGUAGGCCACCCUGCGACCUUGGCAAAACGCAUCGUCAUACCUGCCGAUCUCGAUGAGGCAUAUCAAAGUGCAAAAAUGUGUAGAAGUAGCUUGCCCAGCUGUGUCGAGUCACCCAUUGUCAUUGCCGUGCAGUCGCCACCUUUGAUCCCUGGGGUUUGGCUUUGGGUUUCCACGGCCCUAGACCAACUUUUGGGAUGCUGCCGAAUGGAAGGAAAGGUGACAGCAGACAAAAAACAGCAAUCAAUACUGGGCCUGCCUCUGUAUCGAUCGUCGGACCAAACUCGACAGCCACCCGAUCCCGCCGACUGCCGCCACCUACCAGCCCCCGGCGAUAGGUGCGUGCUGGCGUGUCUUGCUGACAGCGGCUGUUCCUGCGUCUGGCCUAUUCUGAGUUCUAGAGACGCGCAUCUCUUCGGAGCAGGCCCGGUCGUUUUGCUUACGUCGUCGUCACAGGCAGAGGCGAAGCCCGGAGCUCCAAGUUGAGCCUUGAUUGCAACCACCACGCGCCCAAACUCAGGGCCAGGCCAGGCCAGGGAUCCUGCCACAAAAGCUGAGCCAACCCCAAGAAGCACCGACGGCGCAGUGCAGAGCGCAUUGAUACCUCUAGCACCACCUAGACCCCAGCAAAUCCCCCAUUACUCUGCGCGGUAUCAAAAACCAGGCGACCAACAGCCACGCCAUCCAUCGCCUGUCCUCCUUCACUAAAUUCAAACCCCAAUACAGUCAGACAGGCAACAGGAGCGACAACAUCAAUACAAGAAGCGGUGGGUUGCAACCUCGGCGGCGUGGGGUGCUGUGCUUGUGCUGUCAUGCGACGCAUGCAAUUCAUUACCCGCUGUCCCGGAAUUGUUGCUAUGCCUGCUUUACCUGCUUGAUUUCGUCAGACUCAGCCGACUCUCCCCACUCCAGCCCAUCACCCCCAUCACCCCCAUCACCCCAGGGGUCACACGCCCUCUCCCGCCCUGGCCCGGCACCUCACCCCCGUCGGUCCCCGCGACAAUGACUACCAUGCUGCUGCUCCCGCCCACUCCCACAUCGUCCUCCCUGUAUACCUGCUAUGAUCCCACCUCGCCCACCACCACCAGCCUGCCGCACUUUUCUGACCUAGAGUUUACACAGCACCCACGACAAAGACUAAGGCCACACCGCAGACACCAUUCCUUAAGUCGCGCCAACAACCAAAGCGUCACUACCACCACCAGCGUACCAGUUUCCGAUAAGCACAUCUUCUCUCGGGUCCCCACGCGCUCGGAGCUGCGCCAGCUGCACGACCGUCGUCAUUUUCACGCCGCCGAGCUCGAGCACGAGUCUGAACGGGACCAGCAAAUUGCCCAAGUCUUGGCCACGGUCGUCAAAAUGAGUGCCGCUUCCCAGGCUGUGCUGCAGCCCAGCAGCGCCAUCCAGACGAACCCUCACCCUUCUACGGUGGUGCCAUUCCCGGACUCGACGAGCGAAGCCAGCACCCCCAAACCGCCGGCAGCCGACGAGAACGACGACGGCAAGAAGAAGAAGCGCUCCCUGUUUGGCUUUGGCAAGAAGAAGGCUGAAGAUCCACAGACGGCAGCUACCGCUGCCGCACCCGCCGCCAACACGUCGGCCCCGAGAGAAUCGCCGUCGAGGCGGACGACGGGGUCGCCCGGUAGGGUUCCGACGUCGCCAGUGCGGUCGACAUCCCCACAUCUGUCUCCGCGCCUGGCGUCGCCGGCCGGCUCUCAGAUCUUCGAGCGCGACGUGCAAGAAUCCGCCGUGGCGCUCCCAACAUCCCCCGCGAUCCCGUCUCACAUCACGACCGAGGAUUUCAUCCCGCCAGUUCUGGAUGCCUCCUCCGAAGCCAUCACCGACGACCGCAUCGACCCAGAUACGGUGGAGAUCGUGACGCACUCGUUGCACCAGCCCGCAGGGGCCGCGGUCACAGGCAGCCAGCAGCUGAGCCAGUCGUCCUCCAUCUAUGACCAGGGCGGCGCCGGCGCGGCCGCCUCGUGGGCCGAACAGUUGGCGAGCUUCGAGCAUGCCGGGCCCGCCACUGGCAUGGGCGGCGACUCGGCGAGCAACUACGGGUCGCUGGACGCGACCGAUGUGCGCCGCCUCUCCUUCAUCUCCUUCGCCGACGUCGUCCAGUCGGAGCAGGGUCACGGUCACGGCCCGGGCCUGUCAGCCUCGCGGGACAGCAUGCACCUGGCCGGGCUGACGAGUCUCAGCGCCCUUGGUGGGAGCUCGGGGGCUGGCGCGCGGUCGCCGUCACCGAUCCGUUCGCCCGUCUCGUCGCAGGGUGGCGGCAUGUCGUCGUCACCGCCCACGUCCAAGUCGGGCAGCAUCCGCGGCCUCGAAACUUCGCCCACGCGCAAGCCGCUGACGCUGACGGCCACGGGCGGACCCCUCAGCCCCGGCAGCCCGCCCUCCGGCAUGGUGCUGGGGGAUGGCGAGCUCAAGAUCGAGACCAUGUCGCAGGCCCUGCGCAGGACGGGGAGCACCGACCUGAGUGGCAUUAGGAGCUUACCGCACAGCCCGAUCGACGGCCCAUUGCGCUAAAUUUCAAUCAUGCCGCGCCGAAAGCAGAGAUGCGUGUGCGUGGAGGGAGAAGCGGACUGUGGCGCUCCCAAGGGGUGUGGAUGGUUAGAGGAAAGGAUUUCUUUUAUCAUGUUACCUUCUAGAGCUGCGCGUUCACGAUGGAUACACCCCCUUUUUGUUUUUUGCCUUCUUCCGGGCUUGGAUUCCAACCCACCGCCAGGUCGUCUCCAAGCCUUCGUAUCGGCCUUUGUUAUUUCUUGGGGCGGGAAUUGGGAACCUUGAAGAUUGGAGUUUAUGAGGAGCCUGAAGUGCAGAGUUGGCUUUGCUUUUUGUUUCUGUGGCAAGCGCUUUGCUUUCCUAUUUGUUGAUUAUUUCCUGUUUAUGAUACUCUACCUCGGCAAAUACCUGAUUCUCAAAACAACUCGACGUCUUGGUCCUGGUCUCGGUAAUAGAUGCUGGUUGGUGA